AUGCGCUUGGAUGCUGGUGUAGCACGGGACUCUGCUGCAUUAACAUUGAUGAGCGUAGAUGUUGAGCGUAUCGGCUCUGGUCUGCAAUAUGUUCACGAAGUUUGGGCUAGUCCUAUUGAUAUUGGUCUAGCCCUAUGGUUGCUAGAGCGGCAGUUGGGUCUUGCCGUUGUUGCAUUUGCAUCUGUGUUCCUUUUCUGCACCAUUGUCGGGCUUGGGGUAGCCAGUACCAUGGGUGGACGACAGCAAAGGUGGCUCCAGGCUAUUCAAAACCGCGUGCAGUCCACAUCAGAGAUGCUGAAAAACAUGAAGGAGGUGAGACUAGGCGGAUUGCAGACUCUGAUGGCUGACAAGCUUCGGGGACUACGGACGGUAGAGGUUUCACAGUCAACGCCAUUCAAACGAGCGUUGACUUUUGAUACCUAUACCACUACAUCUACCGGCCCGCUCCUUGCCUUUACCAUGUACAGUCUGUUGGCCAAAAGAAAUGGCGCCGCAAUGCUCAACUAUGAUAAGGCUUAUACCGCUCUGUCACUUUUCGCUCUCUUACAGGCGCCUAUGGCCUUGAUACUGGAUGCCAUUGCAGGAUUAGUAUCUGCUGAGACGUGUCGCCUUUCCCAUGCUCCGGUCUCUCAGGUAGUCGAGUACCCAGUUCUUGACGAGAAGAGAUCCCCGACCAUGAUUGUGGCACAGGGAUACACCGCUGGAUGGGAGCCCAAAGGACCCAUGGUGAUCAAGAACCUCAGCUUUAAGAUCCGGCCUUCAAGUAUCAACUUUGUGGUUGGCCCAGUUGCGUGUGGCAAGACAACAUUGCUACUGGCCAUACUCGGCGAAGUAAACCACCAUGAAGGUCACCUGGAGGUGGCAGUCCCUCUGGUAGGCUACUGCAGCCAAACGCCAUGGAUAACCAAUGGUACCAUCCAAACGAAAAUUCUGGGUACUAGUCUUUAUGACCAACGGUGGUAUGACAAAGUUGUCGAGAUGUGUUUACUCAAAGACGACAUCUCCAGUUUCCCCCGUGGGCAUCAAGAAUGGGUUGGAAACAGUGGCAUGACUUUGAGCGGCGGCCAAAAGGCUCGAUUGGCCAUUGCACGUGCUAUCUACGCCAAGGAAAAGGUUCUUCUCCUCGAUGAUGUAUUCAGCGGGCUGGAUGGAAAGACAGAAGAAAGCUUGUUCCACAACUUGUUCGGCCCAGAUGGGCUUUUGAAGGAGGGAGAGGUCACCGUCAUCUUGGCCACCCAUGCGGUCCAACGUCUCGUUUAUGCGGACAAUGUCGUUAUUCUGGACUCAGAAGGGCACAUUGCAGACGAGGGCACUACCAGUGAGGUAAUUGCGACUGCGAAAGAAAUGGCGUUUCGUCCAUCGGCAGGGAAGAAAAGUGAAUUCCUGGUCAAAUGGUGGCUGGCACGAAGUGAUGAGUACACUGUUUCCCACAUGGGGCAGUAUCUCGGCGCAUACGCGGGCCUAUCCGCAAUUGCAAUCCUUGCGCUUCCUUUUGCAGUCUGGCACCUUACUGAGCGAAUGUUGCCCCGGGCCUCAAUGCAAUUCCAUGCGUCUCUCCUAACCACCGUUCUUCAUGCGCCAUUGCAGUUCUUCUCGACAACUGAUGUUGGCACAACUCUCAAUCGCUUUGCUCAGGAUCUCCAGUUGUCUGAUAUGGAACUACCACUGGCACUAUUCAACAAUUCAGUGGAAUUGCUACUCUGUACAGCCCAGUUGAUCAUCAUUGCAGUCUCUUCCAAAUGGAUUGGCAUUGCCCUGCCGGCACUAAUGGCAGUAUUCUAUCUGAUUCAGAAAUUUUAUCUUCGAACCGCCCGGCAGCUUCGACUUCUGGAUAUCGAAGCCAAAGCACCUCUGUUUUCCACUUUUCUCGAGCUGAUUGCUGGCCUUACAACCAUCCGAGCAUUUGGUUGGCAGACUGACUUUGAUAAUCGUAAUCGCGAGGUGUUCGAUCGCUCCCAAAACCCGUUCUACUUGCUUUACUGUGUACAGCGCUGGUUGAACCUCGUUCUUGAUUUGGUGGUUGCAGCAGUGGCUAUCAUGGUUGUGACUAUUGGUGUGCAAACCCAGGGACAAGUUGAUGCCGGUUUCAUGGGAAUUGCUCUUGUGAACAUCGUGCAAUUGAGUAUCAGUAUCAAAGCAUUCCUUUCGAACUGGACCCAGCUGGAAAUCUCCAUUGGUGCGGUCUCUCGCGUUCGAGCAUUUGUUUUGGAUGCACCAUCAUCAGGUUCAGAUGAGGCAGGAGGUGAUCUUCCUGUAGGGUGGCCCCAGAGGGGGCAGAUCGAAUUCCAGAAUGUGACUGCGCAAUAUGAAGGCUCCUCCCAGCAAGUGAUUCGAAAUCUUAACCUGUUGAUUGCACCAGGGGAGAAGGUUGCUCUUUGUGGACCGAGUGGAAGUGGCAAAUCAUCCAUUGCUUCCAGUCUCUUCCGUCUUCUCACACCUAGCGAGGGCACAAUUACCAUUGACAAUGUCGACAUCUCUACGGUAGCUCGCGACGCACUAUACACUCGCUUAAUAUGCGUGACAAAAUCACCUCAUCUAAUUUCUGGCUCGAUCCGAGAGAAUGUUGACCCUUUUAAAGCAACAAGGGAUGAUCAAACAAUCGAACUGGCACUUAAGGAGGUGCAUCUUUGGGACACAGUAGUCUCCCGAGGCGCCCGCGCCAUGAUUCGUCCAGGCUCAGUGGUGGUGUUGGACGAAGUCACAGCCACGGUGGAUCGGGAAACUGACCGCCAGAUGCAGGAAAUUAUUCGCCGUCACUUUGCAUCUCGAACAGUGAUUACGAUUGCGCAUCGCAUUUCCACCAUUCUGGAUGCAGAUCGCGUCGCCGUGGUCUCUGACGGAGUCAUUAUUGAGUUGGACCCCCCAGCGGAACUAUUGGCUCGUGAGCCUCGCAGUCUGUUCCGUGACCUCUUCGAGGCUACGACGGCAUCCAACCAAUCUUGUGAGACACUGCUCGAGGUGCAGUAG